UUUCCGAGGACAACUUUCACAUUGUCAGUUAUGAGCGAUAUGCUUUUGCAGAUUAAAGUAAACUAAUGUAACGAGUCUUAAUGGUUAACGUAGUUGGUCUGAUGUUUGUAUAUGUGCUGAUGCUGUAGUUCCUCCUCCGCAGCAGAGAUGAGUGAUAUUCGGCAUGCAUUGCUGCGGCGCGAUCCGCUGAGCGCUGCUAAAGAGGUUUUGUAUCAUCUGGACAUCUCACUGGGCAGUGCUCUCCAGAGCUCCGGUGGACCCCUGCCUGGACUAGAGAAGAGCACAGUGGAGCUGGUGGAGGAGUUCAUCUUUCAUGUCCCUAAAGACAGAAACAUUCAGCCAAAGAGGAUGAGCUGCGUUCAAGAGCUGCAGCUUCUGGAGAUCAUGUGCAGUUACUUCCAGGAGCAGAGCAAAGACGCCAUCCGACAGGUCAUUUUCUCAGCGCUCUUCAGUCUGCAAGGCAACAAGGCUGAUGAGAGCCGCAUGGCCAUGCUCGGGAAGCUGGUUUCUAUGUCGAUAGCUGUGUGCCGUGUGCCUAUACUAGAGUGUGCAGCCAUCUGGCUACAGCGCGCACACUCUGCGUGGUGUGUGCGUUUGGCACAGGUGUUGAUGGAGGAUUACUGCACACUGGUGCCCUGUGCCAUUUCUACCCUACAAAACAUCUGUUCAGCCAGCCCUCGCUUUUGCUGCCAGCUCAUCACUGCAGUCACGGCGCUCUAUGACUUCUCCACAGAUGAGUUGACUCCACCCCCUGCGCUCUUGGAGAUGCUGGUUGGUUGGAUCACAGAGGAUCCCAGACUACUUCUGCUCACCUUCAUCAACACCCCUCUCAACUCCAGCCUGCCGUUGGGUUGUCUUGAGAUCACUCCUCUUCUGGGUCUUCUGCGCUGGUGUGUCAAAGCUCCGCUAGCCUAUCACAGAGGCCGGAAGUCAGCUUUGACCAAUGGCCAUGGAGAUGGUGAAAAGGGGACGGCGUAUGAAGAGCUUUACUCCAAACUACACCUGAGUGUUCUUCAAGUAUUUCUCAUGCUUCAGGUGCACCUGACAGAGAAGAAUAUGUUUUGUCGUCUGACUGUGCUUCCUGUGGAGUCUGUAGCCGCUCUGAUCGAGGAGGUCGGCCGUCUGUGUGAGAAGCUCGCGCCGCUCCUCGACGCCAGUCACAUUCAGCUGGCUCUGGACAGGCUGGCGCAGGCUCUUCAGGUCGCCAUGGCAACCGGAGCCCUUCUCUGCGCCAGAGAGGAUCUACGGGCUUUGUGCUCCAGACUGCCUCACAACAAUCUCUUACAGCUUGUAAUGUCCGGGCCAGUGGUUCAGCCUCCUCCUCACAGCUCCCCGUUCCAGGCAAACAUGUAUCCUCAUAUCCACCCGGGUCGCCCGUCUCCUCUGUCCCCCCACAGCCCACACCAAUCCACCCUGUCCUCCCCUCACAGCCCUCACCCUGUCCUGACAGCCCACCCCACGCACCCUGCUCUCGCCCCUCAUCGCCCGCUGACUGCCCACGCCACACACCCGGCCCUCUCUCCACACGCCUUCCACCCCGCCUCCAUCGCCUUCCCCUACCGGCCCAUUCGCUGAGCGGGACGUCCCACUCCCGACUGCUGGACUUUUCUUCAGGAGGUUUGAAAUGAUGUUGUUGUCACAUGUUUGGUUUGGUUUAUAAUAUAAGCGGGGAUGUACAGUUGUUUUUUUUGAAAGAAGGAUAAUCUGCUUGUCAAGGCUUGUUUGAUUUAAUAUACUUUAAAAAUGUGAAAUAUUAUUUAAUUUAAAAUAAAUCUUUUCUUGUAGAAGUGAGGUUUAAAUGUCAAUUAUUCCUAUGGUUUAAAGCUGAAUUUUGAGCAUUGCUGCUUAAGUCUUCAGUGUCAAUUGAGCCUUCAGAAAUCAUCCAAAUUUAUGAUUUGAUGCUCAAGAAAAAAUUAUUAUUUUUAUUGCCAUUAUCAGUAUUGUACGCUGUUGGGCUCAGGGGUGUAGCAACCGGGGGGGAUACGUCCCCCUCACUUUUAUAGACAGCCCAUUUAGAAACAGCUGAUUAAUAAUUAUAUGAACCUAAACUUUUGGAUCUCAUUCAGCUGCCCAGUUGGGCUGUUUCCUGUUUUUGUUAUUUAUGAUUUGAUGCUCACAAAACAAUUAUUAUUAUUAUUAUUGUUAUUAUUGCCAUUAUCAGAUGUUGGGUUGUUUCCUAUUUUUGUGGAAAUUGUAAUAUAUCAGCGCUCACAAUGUCAAAUCAAUUUAUUUGAAUUAUUUUUAACUUUCUUUUCAUCAAAGAAUUCUGAAAAAAAAGUUACAUUUAUUAGUUUUCAACAUAAGCCGGCAGCUAUCUCUCUGCCACUCUCACAUGGUCACUCACUGAAGAAAAGCAGAGCUGUGCCCAGUCAUUGUGCCAGACCACAUGGGAAACCUAGGUUGCUGCCGGAAAAGGUGUUAGUGAGGCCAGCAGGGGGCACUUAACCUGCGGUCUGUGUGGGUCCUAACGCCCCAGUACAUUGCUGGGGGCUAUAUACUGCUCAGUGAGUGUUGUCUUUUGGAUGAGAUGUUAAACUGAGGUCUUGACUCUCUGUGGUCAUUAAAAAUCCCAGGAGGUCCUUCGAAAAAGAGUUGGGGUUUAACCCUGGCAUCUUGGCUAACUUUGCCCACUGGCCUCUGUCCAUUAUGGCAUUCUAACCAUCCCCAUGUCAUAAUUGACUUCAUCAUUUUGCUGGAAGUGGUGUUAGUGAGGCCAGCAGGGGGCGCUCAACCUCUGCUCUGUGUAGGUCCUAACACUCUAGUACAGGGAUGGGCAAACUCGAUCCUCGAUCUUAAAUUAGGGUGUUCAGGUGUGUUUGAUUAGUGUUGGAGCAAAACUCUGCAGGGACACCAGCCCUCGAGGAUCGAGUUUGCCCAUGCCUGCUCUAGUACAUUGAUGGGGACUGCUCUAUACUGCUCAGUGAGCGGUUUUUUUUUUUUUUUUUUUUUUGAAUGAGACUUUAAACCGAGGUCAGCUGGUGUGCGGUCUGGCGCAAUAUGGCUGCCAUCGUGUCAUCCAGGUGGAUGCUGCACACUGGUGGUGGAUGAGGACAUUCCCCCAAAAAUGUGUAAAGCACAUUGAGUGUCCAGAAAAGCGCUUUAAUGAAAGGAACUAUUAUUAUUUUUAUUAUUAUUAUUACUGAUUAUUAAAAAAUAAAUUAAUGAUUACUAAUAAGAAGCGCUCAUAGUAGAAUGAUAAAUCAUUACGUUAGAAUGAUUUCUGAAGGCUCGUGAGAUAUUGAAGCAAUGAUGCUAAAAAUGCAGCUUUGACUCACGAAUAAACUACAUUCUAUUAAAAAAAUUAAUAAUUAUUUUUACAUUUUUAACUGUAUUUUGGAUCAAAUAAAUGCAACCUUGAAAAGCAGAAUGAACUUCUGUUAAAAACUUUACAAAAAUCCCAAACUUUUGAACUCUCAUGUAUAUUGUAAAAUAUUUGAUAUGGAUGUUAAAAGUGCUUGUACAGAUGAAAUAAAAUGAGAAGCUUAA